ACCACCAGUGAACUGUACUUGUUAAUCUUUUUGUACUUUGUCCACUUCGAAUGGAGCCAUUUUUUCCUGCUCGAACUUUUUUGUUUCUCAUUUAGCGUCUUUUUAUUCGUAUUCAGACUUGGAAAGUGAUUCCACCAAGGUUAUGUUCAUGCCACUGCCUUUUCUUACUAAAUAAUUAGACAUGUUUCAUAAAGGUUAAAAAGGAGAGACAAAGGAAAAGAGCCAACCACAUUUGUUUAGCCUUUUUGUGAUCUGUGUCUGUUUUUUUGCCUUUUGUUAUCUGCACAUGGAAGUGCAGAGCAGUGUUCCAUGUAUCUGUACACCUGUUUAUCCAUGGAAUCCUCAUAUUCUGUGUAUAAUAUAAAGUAUGGUUCUUUUUGAGUGUUUCUUUAUGAGUUUCGUUGCUUUUUAGAUGAGGAUUGCGUUUUUCUUUUCGUACGAGUCUUGUUGUACUGUCAUGGCCUUAUUAUGAGCUAGCUGAAGUUGAUAAUGCUCAAACCUUUUCAGUUUUCACGCCUUAUGAAUUCAGAAUCUGUUAACCGUUUUCUUAGUUGAAUUACCUGUAACCAGCAGUUCUGUACUUGAAACAUUUGUGGUUUGUUAAGCUGAAUAUCUUGCAAUUUCUUGGAUAGCUGGCAAAGUUGGAUUCUUGUAUAGUUGUAUGUGGACAGCAUAAUGGGUGCCUGUGUAUCAACAUCAUCCCCGAGGACUCGAGUGAGGAGGAAAUGCCAUCGUCGCCCCAAAAGGUUUUGUCGAAAGGUUCCAAGUUCUGUUCCGGGAGAAACCAAGAAAAGGAAUAGACAAGAGGUUUCUAAUCCCGCGUUGCAUCUUUCUCAGUUGCAAUGGCACCAUAGCCAAAUAGACGCUACCGUAAUUUGCCAGGAAGAAGCGUGGUUUGAUACAGUUAGUGUUUUGGAGUCGGAUUCAGACGAUGACUUUAGUAGUGUUCAUGAAGGUUUUAACAGUAUAAAGUGUGACAUACGAGACAUUGUCUCGGGUCAUGAGAAAACCCAAGGGAAUGUCUUGAAGUCUGUCUUACCUAAGUUGGUAAAUUCUUUAAGUUUCAACGACAAGAUCAUUAGUGUAUCGAGUCCAGGCCUUCACUCUCAAAGAAGGCAAUCAACUAUCAUCAGGCUAUCUGUCACGAGGACAUCCAUUGAUGAAGUGGAAACCGAUGAAUAUUGUGCAUCAAAAAUGCAUCUUUUCCGCCCCAGAGCAGGACUUAUAAUUCCUCGUUGCAAAGAAGAAAAACCAACUUCAGGAACUUGGUCUGCUAUCGAGCCCUCAAAUUUUACGCUUCGCAGCAGCAGCUAUUUCAGAGACAAGAAGAAAUCCCCGGCUCCAAAUACCUGUCCUUACACUCCCAUCGGACUUGAUUUAUUUGUGUGCCCAAGAAAGAUCAAUCACAUUGCACAACAUCUUGAGCUUCCUUCUAUAAAAGCAGAUAGGAAAAUUCCUCCGUUACUAAUAGUUAACAUUCAGCUGCCUACAUAUCCUGCUCCAAUGUUCCUCGGGGAUGCUGACGGGGAGGGUCUGAGCCUUGUAUUGUAUUUCAGACUUUCUGAAAGUUUUGAGAACGACAUCUCGCCCCAGUUUCAGGAUAGCAUUAAGAGACUAGUUGAAGAUGACAUGGAAAAGGUCAAAGGAUUUGCUAAAGAAUCCAUGGUUCCUUUCAGAGAAAGGCUGAAAAUUAUGGUUGGAGUGGUUAAUCCAGAAGAUCUUGUAUCAAAUUCAACUGAACGGAAACUUUUGAAUGCAUACAAUGAAAAACCAGUGCUUUCCAGGCCACAACACAGCUUUUAUCAGGGGCCGAAUUACUUUGAGAUUGAUCUUGACAUUCAUCGCUUCAGCUAUAUAGCAAGAAAGGGUCUUGAUGCUUUCAGGGAACGGUUACGAGAGGGAAUCCUGGACCUUGGUUUAACAAUUCAGGCACAAAAACCAGAAGAGUUGCCAGAGAAAGUUCUUUGCUGCAUCAGAUUAAACAAGAUUGACUUCAUUGAUGGAGGCCAAAUCCCAACACUCAUGAGGCAUGGGGAUAACUCUUUCUCAGACUCAGAGUAGCAUCUUUAGGAAAAGUUAACGGUCCGGUCCGCAAAUACAUCUUUAUCAAUUAGUCCAGAUUCUUAUUAGUAGUCGAUAUGAGACGCAUACUCGAAAGAGGAGGACAAACCCAAUGAAUUAUCGAACAGCUCAUCGGGAGUGUCAAUAGCAUCCACUCUAGGAAUUUAAUAUUUUUAUUUUUAUUUUAUUUUUUGUUGUUUUUUAGCUUGUUCUAAUAAGUUCAUUCCUUUCCAAAAAUAAGUUCAUUGGAAUAGUAUAUGAAAAUAAAUUCAAAUCAA